CAAAUAUCUAAUGUGAGAGUGACAUUAUUAGUGUACACAAACUGUCGAAGCCAACACGUCAGAAAUGCUUCGAAAUAUCGCGAAGAUAGUGAUAUUUAGUUUAACAUUGAACAAUGUAUUUUGUGAUACAAACUAUAGACUGAACACACCAAUAACACCAUCAGAAUACUCCAUCUUAAUAACCCCAUAUUUCAACACAGGAGAUGAUAGAGCAUUCACCUUUGAUGGCGAAGUUAACAUAAAAUUUACAACUUCAACUAACACUAAUCAAAUAAAACUACAUUCGGAGGAUUUGAAAUUUUCUGCAGAAAAUAUAACGAUAACUGGUGGCACAUCGAAUUCAGUUAAAGAUGUACAGUUUGAGGAAAAAUAUACAUUUGCUUUGAUAAAUUUAGAAAAUGAAUUGCAAACUAAUGUUGAAUAUAAUUUGAAGAUUGUUUACGUUGGUCCAAUAAGAAAAGAUCUGAAAGGAUUUUACAGAAAUUAUUAUUACGACAAUGGAGUCAAGAAAUGGUUAGGUGCAACACAGUUUGAGCCAACACACGGUAGGAAAGUGAUCCCUUGCUUCGAUGAGCCGGCGUUGAAAGCUGUGUUCACGUUGACCAUCGAUAGACCCGCAAGCUACAAACAAACACGAGCCAACACCAAAUUACAGAGUAGUGUCAACCUAUCAAAUGGCUACGUGCGGGAACAGUUUUACCCUUCCCCUAAAAUGUCAACAUACCUGGUCGCGUUCCUUAUUUCGGAGUUCGAUGCAACAGUGAAUAUAAACGGGACGAACGAAUUUGGUGUGUACACCAGACCAGAGGCGAAGAAUCAAACUGACUAUGCCUUUGACUUUGGACUGAGGGUUGUACAAGCUCUGGGCGAUUACUUCGGAAUCGAUUAUUAUUCUACUAACAGUCAACUAGGAUUGGAUCAUGUCGCAUUACCAGAUUUCAAUGCAGGUGCUAUGGAGAACUGGGGUUUAGUAAAAUACAGAGAAGCCUUACUAUUGUACGUACCAGAAGUGUCAACACCAUAUUACAAGUACAGAGUGGCGCAGAUAGUUGCUCACGAAACAACGCACAUGUGGUUCGGUAACCUUGUCACCUGCCACUGGUGGAGUAACACUUGGCUAAAUGAAGGAUUCGCCAAUUAUUUCCAGGAUUACAUUACAGCUUUGAUAGAACCAGCUGUAGGCGCAGGUGACAUGCUUGUGACUGGCUCAGUAUACUCUGCUUACGAAGCCGAUGAUUCUCCCGAAGCUCCCGCUAUAACUAACAAUGAUGUUAACUCACCUGCUGAAAUCAGCGGUCACUUCGGCACAGUAACAUACCAAAAGGCUGGAUCUGUUAUCAGAAUGAUGCACCAUCUUAUUGGAGACGAAGCUUUUAAAUUUGGUUUGAACGCUUAUCUUAGAGCCAAUGAAUUCGACGUUGGUUAUCCGGACAGAUUGUAUACUAGUCUACAUAAUGCAGUGGUGACUUACAAUGCUCUUUCGGCGUAUCCAGAAACCGAUAUUACAAGUGUUAUGAGUUCUUGGAUAUCUAAAUCAGGCCAUCCCGUGCUGCAUGUUGAUGUCAACUAUGAGGAAAAUAAAAUCACUUUAACCCAAAAACGUUUCUACAUCAACUCUACGAUUGAAUCCGAUGAAUUAUACAAGAUACCAAUAACACUUACCACGGGUCUGUCUCCGAACUUCGAAAAUACCAAACCAUUAUUUAUAAUGCAUAACAAAACAGAAACGAUCGAUGUUCAAGUUAAGACGACAGAGAAUCAUUGGGUAAUUUCCAAUUUACAAGAAACAGGUUUAUACAGGGUGAACUAUGACACAGAAUCUUGGAAAUUAAUCGCUGCUGCUCUAAAGAGCAAUGAUCGGGAAAAAAUUGAUCAUAUAAACAGAGCUAAGAUUGUUAAUGAUUUAUUCGCUUUUCUUUAUGCUGAUGAAGUGAAAUUUGAACUUCUGUAUGAUGUGCUGGAAUUUUUAUCUGACGAAACACACUAUUCGGUCUGGAAUGCUGCUAUUCGAGGUUUAAAUAAAUUACGGUCUUUCUAUUUGGGAUCUGAUGCUUUAGAAAUCAUUGAGGAUUACGGACUGAAACUAAUAGAUAACAUCAUCAACAAAAUCGGCUACGAAGACAGAGCGUCGGAUGAUUUUGUAACUCUAAGAAAUCGUGCUCAAGUAACGGAAUUCGCUUGUAAAUUGGGACAUCAAGGCUGCGUGGAUUAUACCCUGGCAUUAUUUAAGAAACUGAAAGAAAACGGUACAGAGAUAGCUCCCAGUCUUCGUGUCGCUGCUUACUGCACUGGGUUACGAUAUGGCGGCGCUGAUGAUUAUGAGUUCUUGUGGCGACGCAUGUCCACCCACAAUGUGGCCAAUGAAGCCAGGACUAUUGGAGAGAUCCUCGGCUGCACAACUGAUAAGACUCAGCUUAAUAGAUUCCUAGUGUCAAUGCAAGUAGAAGACAGUCCAAUAAAGACACAGGACCUAACAGUUCCCGUAUCGAGUGUCUUAUCUCAAUACAAGAACGUACCCGUCGUUCUAGAAGCUUUGGAACAGAAUUUCACUGCCUGGACUGAAAUAUAUACAACCUCAAUAGACUCUGUGUUGUCUACUAUUGCUAAUAGCUUGCGUACUGCUGAUGAAUUUAAGAAGUUCGAAGACUGGUUGAGUUCGUGCAGUCAAUGCAGUGAGCAGACAGUGACCGCGGCUAGAGGGGGCUUGGGAAAAGCGCGCGCGACUGUCUCCUGGGCCGAUAACCAUAAAGCUGAUAUUAUGAAGAGCCUUAAGAAUUUAGGGACUACCACCACAGCUUCCUUCGGUAUAUUAAUAGCUGGUGUAUUAAUCUCUAUGUGUGGUAAAUAUUAAAAACUAGCGUUUAGUUGGCACAUGGUAA